GCUGUGAGCCAUGUUUUCUUCCUCUUGAAUGCCACUCGUUUUGGAAAGGUGUCAUCAUGUCAAAGCAGCCCUUGGGGAAGACGUUGUUGAGGAAUGUAAUCCGCCACACAGACGCCCACAACAAGUUGCAGGAUGAAAUUGAUUCCCAACAGCAGGUACGCUCGCACACAACACUCUGUUGCGCAUCAAUGCUGGAGGAGAUGUAGGCUUCAGCUUAACGGCGUUUUCCUGAAGUGAUCCAGGAGGAGAUGGAGAUGUGGAAAAUGCGAGAGUGGGAGAACCAAAAGUCCCACCACAAACAUUUGUCAGACACAGAGUGUGUGAGGGGGCGAAUGCAUCGAGUGCCAGAUCAACCCAGAGACCUGAGUCGAAGCAGAGAGCGAGUCUCAGAACAUGAUGACAGAGAGGCUCGAUACUGGUCUCGCAAACUGUAUGAAUUUAAGGCCAAUGAUCCUGACAGGUGGGGACAUAGCGGCUUCAAGGAGCUUUAUCCGGAGGAGUUUGAAAGUGACGGUGAAAAAAACAGUGCCACAAAGAAAACUGGGUGCCACAAAAUGAAAAAGUCCAAGUCUUACACAGAACCGAGCUUAUCGAAACGAUCAAAAAAAUCCUCUCGAAAGAAGAAAAAGAAAAAGAAGAAGAAAGUUGAGGAGGGAAAGCGUAAGAAAGUGGAGUGCUCGAGCAGCAGUGAUGACAGCAGUGCUACCAAAGACAAGCAGAGGAAAAGGGCUAAAAGUCAACAUAAAAACAAGGAAACUGUAAAAACCAGAGGGAGGGACGAGGACAGCAGCUCAGGGGACAGUGAUGAUGAAAGAGAGAGGGAGAGACGGACUCACCGUCGCAAAAAGCGUAAGCAGGACUCCCGCAAAGCCACAGACUCAGGGCUGAACUCAAAAAAGAAGAGGAGGAAAAACUGGAAAGCAGCAGGUGAGGAGAGCUCAGAUGAUAGUUCUGGAGACUGAGAUGCACAGACAUGGAUAGACGCACAGCUCAGGUAAUGACCAGGAAAACUACUGCAGAUUCCUUUGUUCGCCUUAACUUCACACAGGGCUUUUCUCUGCAGGGCCGUUCUGUAUUGUACUUUGUUAGACAUCAACAAACCUGUGCUCUCAGCCCUCUCUGUGGGCGUUCUGUGCAGCAAUACCUCACCCACCUCUGCAGUGGCUUGAAGCGCACUGUUCGGCAGUACAGACAGCAGGCAGCAUGAAGAGGGAUGGUGGGGUAUCCACCACCUGCCUCAUGAAGAAUUCUGACAGCUGCAGGCUCAUUGAUUGAUCAUUGACUUUCUCCUCAGACUGUCUGCCUCACGAUGGGACCCUCUGUCCUGAAUUGAUUAAUGUGUUUUUUUUGUAGCACAUUUUAUUUAAGAAAAAAAGACAAAUUAUGCAACUUUCCUCACCAUUGAUGAUGUGCAUUUGCUUUUACUCAUGUUUUUUUUUCUAGUUUUGUAAUUUUUAAUAUUUGUAUGCAGCACAUUGUCAUAGGUGAAAAAUAAACAUCUAUUUUGCUGUUUUUUUA